CAACGUCUUAAGGUCAGUUUAGAGAGGGAUUUUCUAAGUUCCGUCAAUUACCUUCAAAUGUAUGGAGGUUGAUAAUCAAAAGAUCGAGCAGGACAACGAAGUUUCAUCAGAACUAUCUAAUACCGGUGAAUUUUUUUCACGACAAGACAUUAGUGAUAGAAAAGAUGAGGACGAAGAAGAAGAGGAGGAGGAAGAGGAAGACAAAAUUGUGGAGAAGUCACACAACAGCCGUUUCCAUAAAAGAAAUAAACGAUUCCCAAAACAAAUCGAAGGAGUUGACAAUGCGUUCGUCGCAAUAGAACCAAAAUCUGGCAAGGAAGUCAUAUGGAACGAAUGUAUUCUACCUGAGAAGAAAACUGAUAAAGAAAAUAGAUACCUUUCUUUGAUCAAAAAGCUGAAGAAAAACUCCCAUCCCUUUCUUGUGCGUUUUCUAGACGCUUGGGUGUCAAAGACAGAAGAAGGACCGCGCAAGCUGGUCUUCAUCACUGAGCGUCUCGAUGAGUGUACAUUAAAACAGUUUUUGUGCAAUUCUGCGAAAAAUAACCGCCUAUGGAACAGACACGUUGGUCAGCUCCUCUCUGUUCUGAUGUUUCUCCACCGCCUUGGUGUUGCUCAUGGUAAUCUGACUAAGGAGUCAAUAUACUAUCAAAACUCGGGAAACCUGAGAGUCGGAUUGUUUGCUCUUGGUAAAUGUCUAGACCAAAAGUCUGAGGCUUUCGAUGUAUAUUCUCUUGGUGUUGUCUCUCUGGAGAUUGCUGUGUGGACACCCACUGAAUUUCCACCAAAUUUGGACUUAACUGAGAGAUAUCAACAAAUGAUUUCGCGAUUGGACAACAAUAAUCAAAAAAGCUUCAUUGAGGCGUGCUUCGAUACUGGGUCCACAACAAAAUGUCUCAUCAAGCGAUUGCUUAGUCAUCCUGCUGUUACAGAAGUGCCAAUCUUGAAACUGUUAUCGGCCAGAAUGAUUGUUAACUCAAUGAUUUCCGUUUCUAAUGAGGAUGGCGGUACGAAUGAACCGACAGGGUUUGUCAGUCUAUUAAAGGACUAUCUCAAUCGUUACGAGGACGAAACUGUUAUUAUGGAAGUUCAUUUUCCACAUGACGAUGUGGUCAAGUCUAAGUCAUGGAAGGAUUUUCGAUCAAACUUUACUCUUACCUCCAAAUACCUUGAAGACGUCAAAAAUGGAUUCUAUCCGUUAUUCGGAUGCCACUGGGAUGCUUAUCAAGGAGAAGAGGAAGACAGUACAUUUCUCAAUUAUUCAGGAGUCUCAGGGUUCCCUCCUAGUAACGGCCUUACAAGUAAUCUGUCAAAUGCAAGUGGUACUGUCAAGAACGAUCCAUCUGCUUCUGUUGGAAAUUCUUCUUGUACAUCAGCCACUCCAAGUGCUUGCGCUUCGUGUAAAAACUCUACUGCAUCAAAAAUGACAGAUUUAGCUAUUGGCUCGCAGUUGGCUCCAGAGGAUCUGGUUGUUAUGCAAUCUGAAGAUGCCGCAAAAGGUUGCUUUUCCUCCAAUACAUAUGCAUCCCAAGUAAAUCCAAUUAACCAUAUGUCACAAAUCGAUUCUAGUUGUUCAUCUAAGGUGAUUGAUAAUGACUUAAAAAAGAAUGAUUGUUCAACUUCAGUUGGUGAGGUAAUCGGUGUAGCUUUUAUUCCAAAGACUGAUGAAGAUAUUCACCCUUUGUCUAAAGCAGCGCCUUCAGUGAAUGCACCUCGACCAUUUGAAUUGGGUCACGCAGAUCUUAAAUUUCCCGACAAACCUUAUGCUUCAACUUUGGACUAUGUAGAUGAAAGUGAAUCCCAUGGUCAUGGUCAAACAAUAUCUGUACUUGAUGAACAUGAUGGUUGUUUAUCAUCACCAAAACAAAAUAAAUCUCUACUUAUAUCUCCGAAUUGUGAACAACGAUUCGAUUUUGUCAUUGACACUCAACAGAAAGAAGUAAUAAAUAAUAGUGAAGCUGUUGCUGUAAAUGAGAAAACAACUGAAGACUUCACAUUAUCCGAUAAACAGGACAAUCUUAGCCCGGGACCAGAAGAUGAUGACGGUGAGGUUGAUGAGGAAGAUGAUGAUGAUGAUGAUGAUAAAGAUGAAGACGAUGAUAACGAAGAUGAUGAUGACGAUGAUGAUGAAAAGCGUGUGGUAGAACCGGUUGAACGCUAUGAACCGCAAACAGUCCAUGUUAAUCCACCAGAACGUGCACCAAGCCAUCCAGCUUUAUUUACACACUGUCAGUAUUUGUAUGUGGGAGCCGGCCGUUGGCAAGUUUAUGUCCAAAUGUGGUUUGUUGAAGAUCGUUUAAAAGGGAGACUUAUGUACAAGUAUUUGAUAAUGAAUGGCAUGAUUAUGAACGUGUUGCUGAUCUGUUCGAAGCUUCACGGUGCUUGAAUCCGGUCGAUCGUUCUAAUCUUGUAAGAUUGCUUGCCUUAGCAAGACAUAACUGUGCUCUUAUCGAUGGUGAACUUCAAUUUCCUGGUCCAAUAGCAUCUAGGCAGAGCAAUUUCGACGCGCUUGAACUGCACGAAAAACUUGUUGCGCUUCACCUUCAUCAACAAGCAAAAGAACGUUUAACAUCUAGAGAUUCAGGGUUAGCUAAAAGUUCAAUACAUUCAUCUUCAGCUACACCGAAUAAUGAAAAUGGACAUACAGUCUCGAGUAAUCAUGAUCAAAAUUUAGGUGACAUUCGAUCGAUAGAUUACCAAAAUCAUGUACCAAUUUCAAAUGAAGUACAAGCCUGUGCUGAGCAUAUUACACAGGUUCAAUUGCAUCAACGUGCAGAUCAAACGCAAGAUCCCCCAACUCCAUGUCCUGUAUCAGUUGGUUUAUCUGAUAUAGAUGGGACAAAAGAGAAUCAAGAUCCAGGGAAACAACAAAAAGUUAAAAAUGAUCCGAACAGUGCACUUUUUCUGGAUGUCAGUUCACUUGCUCCUCGUAAUUCAUAUUGUGCUUUAUGUGAUACGCAUGAUUAUCUACAUCAAAUUCAUUUACCAGCUUAUUUAAUCUCUCCCUGCUAUCAUUGCCGUGAGUUUCUUGCAAAUGAAGCUAAAAUCACUCCUGAAAUUCUCCUAGACUUACAUUUACAACAUAACAUUCCUUGGCCAGGAUUCCUGCAAGCUAGAUUUGGUAUCCCUAAUGAUGAUCGGUCAACUGAAGAACUAAUUGCUUAUGACUGCCGUUGGCGGAGCAGACAACCUUGUCGAUGUUUAGCUUCUGUAGAUGGUUCCUUAUUACCACCCUGUGUCGAAUUUCCAUGGUUAACUCCGACAGUUUCGACAGGUUCAUUCGAAGUUACUGAUAUAUCAGCAAAUCAAAGCAAAUUAAACAAACAAGAUUCAUUGAAUACACAAGUGGUUGCAGAGAUUUCUUCACCCACUACUACAGAUCCGCGUACUUCUGAUUUUUCUGCAACGACACAAGCACAAACUAAUGCAGCAAAUCAAUCGUUGCCUAACCCCACCACAACCUCGGUGAGUACAAGUAACACGUCAGUUGCUGGAAAUACUAAUACAUGUUUAAAAUCAAUUUUGCCAUGUUCAAAUAGGCAUAUUCGCGGUGCUCCCAUUACCUGCUGUCAUGGCAUACAUUUUCCUUUAGUUGGCAUACCAACCGUGUCAACUUCAUCUGCCAAUCAAAAUACAGAUACUGGCUGUAUCCCGUCUAUUGAUUCUUUUAAUCCACAAUCAACGACCGAUAGAGGAUCAGUUGUUAUAACUCAAGAAAUGCAACAAGCAGCACCGUUAACAAACGACGUAUCAUCUUAAUAUUGUAAUUUUUAUUAUUAUCAUUAUCCACAAUCAUUUCGUAAAUGUGAUUCGAAAAUUGUGCAAUAU